ACUCUUCUUAUUCAUUUCUUUUCCUGAAUACCAGUGAGUUGCUGAGUAAAGCCGAGAAUAUUAACAACUGUGCAUUUUUCUUUUGCUGGAUAUUUGCUCUUUGUGGCUUCACAAGAUGGUUAAUUUGUUAUAGAUUAACACUUGCAUAUCGUAACAGCUCCUGUUUUAUUAGAUGUGUGUUUUAUGUCCGACCAGUUUCUGAGUAAAUAUAACUUUUGUUUCGCUGCUGUUUAUAUGUAAAUUCCUAUGACUCAUAUUUUUUGCUCUUGGGAAAGUGCUGACCCUGCAAGAUGUUUUGUGCCCGGAUGUUUUCAGUUUCUGAUCCUGUCUCACUUACGCAACAUUUUCUAUGUCAAGCAAGUCAAUGUUUUUACCAGGAAAAUGAAUAUAAUGCUUUAAAGGUGAAUCCUUUCUAAAUGCUUCUCACAUUGACUUAUAUUUCUCUCUUUUUUUUCAGGUGCUGUGUCUGUGUGUGUGUGUGGAUCUGUGUCUUUGUGCAGUUAAUUUCCAUGCAGGUGAAAAUAUAAAUUUUCUGUAUUAUCCCCCUGCAUUUCUGUGUUUGUGAGUGAGUGUGUGUGUGUGGGACCAUGCCUAGUUUUGGGAAUGGCUUGUCAAUGCGACGCGGCCUCACUUUUGCCACGGGCCUGGUGGAGUGUCUGUGUUUUGCUGGAGCUGUGUUCGGAUGGGCUUCGCUUGUUUUCGUCUUGAAGACAGAGGGAUACUUCAGCGAUCUGUGCGUCAACACCACAGGAGUCAAUGGAACACAGGUCUUAGAUUGCAGUGGACAGGAUGAGCAGUUCUCGCUGGUCUUCACCAUCGCUUCCUUCAUGAACAAUUUCCUGACGUUGCCCAGUGGUUUCCUCUUUGACCGUUUUGGCACGACAGUGGCCCGGCUCUGUGGAAUAUGUCUUUACUCCACGGGCACUUUGAUGGUGGCCUUCUCCACUUCAGCUCUGUCCAACCUGCUCUUCCCAGCUCUCACCCUCCUGGCAGUCGGUGGCAUCUUGUUUCUGAUCACCAACAUGCAGGUUGGAAACUUGUUCGGCUCACAUCGUUCCACAAUCAUCACUCUCUAUAACGGGGCCUUUGACUCGUCCUCAGCCCUGUUUUUUAUCAUCAAGUUGUUACAUGAGGUCGGAGUCUCUCUCCGAUCCGCCUUCCUCUUCCUGACGGCCUGCAGCAUCAUUCAUGUGCUCAGGACUUUCUUCUUGAUGCCCAGAAAAUUCAUUCCCUACCCGCUGCCUGAUCACUACACCUACGGGAUAACCUGUGGUAAAUCAACCACCCUGAACUCCAAAGUGGCAGAGAAUGGGGACACACAGAUGGAGACAGAGGACGUGCACACACCGCUCGACAAGGACGCCCCCGCGAAACAAGAGAAGAGUUUCCGGGAGUGUUUGCUGUCCAGGUUCUUUGUGUUGCACCUGCUCUGGUUGUCGGUGAUGCAGCUCAGACAUUACCUGUUUAUCGGCACCCUCAACUCCAUGCUGCAGGGGCUGACAGCCGGAGAGCCCUCGCUGGUGAGCAAGUACAUCAAUGCCUUUGCCAUCUCCCAGCUGUGUGGAGUGCUCUGCGCCCCCUGGAACGGCCUCAUCCUCGACAGACACAAAGGCAAACCUCGUGCUCCGGGCGAGAGUGAACAGGAGGCAGACCUGCGGGCCACCGUGCUCUCUCUCUUCCUGACAGUGCUGCAGUGCGUGCUUUUCUCAGUUUGUGCCACCAUCCCGUACCUGCCUCUGCAGUACCUCACCUUCAUCCUGCAGGUGCUCAACCGCUCCUUCCUCUUCGGUGGAAACGCGGCCUUCAUCAGUGUGGCCUUCCCGUCACGUCACUUUGGGAAGCUCUACGGUCUGGUCAUGGCUCUGUCUGCAGUGUUUACCAUACUGCAGUAUCCCUGCGUUUCUCUGGUGAAGGGACCUCUGGGUGGAGACCCUUUAUAUGUGAACGUCGCUCUGACGCUGCUCAGCCUGUUGGCCUUCAUCCAUCCCCUCUCCGUCUACCUGCACUGUCGAGGUCUGGCCUCGCUGCGAGCCGAGAGCCAAGCCGACCCUGCUUCCUCUCAAUGACUGUGAAUUGAGACUAAACUUAAAUUGUAUUUUAUAUCUCCAGUGACACUGUUACCUCCUCAGUUUGUUUUUAUGGCUGUGUUGCCACAUGUGGGACAUAAAGUCCCGCAUUCAUUAAUGCUCUACAGAUUGUAGUAAAAUGUGUUCACAGUGUGCUCGCCACACUCUAAAAGCUUGUUCACAGCCUGCUCUGACUGGACAUCUGUAUAAGUUACAAAUAGUUCACACAGAUGUAUCAGUUUAUUUUUUUAUUUUAUUUUUACACCGUAAUACACUUUCAUCUGAGCUCUUCUCUAAAGCACUUGGUUACAAUGCAACAUGUGGUGCUAAAGGGUUUUUUUGGUCUGUUUUGUGUCUUAUUUAAUUCUAGCCACCUAUCACACCCUGGAUAUGGUGGCUUUAAAGUGCCAAACGAUGACGCCGGUUUUUGUAAAAAGCUGAAAGAGAAACAUUUAGAGAGAUGUGGGACACAUUUAGGAGCUGAAAUCACAAACACCAGACAUGAAAAUGUGAAGCCCCUCUGCUCGGGCAAAGGUCGCUAUCUUUUACUCUCUUUACAUGUGGCAUUAAAAUGUGUUUUUAAGUGAUCGGAUCACAAACCUGUCCACAAUCGUACCCAUGAUGCAACGAGAAUGGAUUGUGAUCCAAUUGGCCAAACUAUACCUCCGGAGGUGGUCAGGGAAGCACUGUGACCACGUUGUAAUGACAGGGAACUGCUCCAAACUAGCGAGGUAGCACAGAUCUGCCCUCUGCUGGACUCUCAGUGGAGCUGUUUUACACACAAAUGUGUUCUGUCCUUCUCAGGUGCUUGGUGUUUGUGUAACACAGUAGCAGAAUUUCUACUCCUACCUGCCAACUAAUGUUGACAUGUAAAGAAUUAAGUGUUUCUGUUUUCUUUCUUUUUUUAAUUCCAAAUGUUGGAAGAACUUUGCUGAAAUGUAACUAUAAAUAUGCAAAUAUGAGGAUUGUGCUUAUAUGAAAUAUGCCUUUUGAUCUGAAGUGAAGUAGUAAAGGGCAUUAUUCUAUUUUGAACUUGAGAGGAAUUAUGUACCUACAGGUGGUAUAAAAAUGCAAUUGAAAUCUAUUAAACUGAAACGAAUGUACAUGAAA